ACCCAGGUGCCAGGCCCACUGGAGGCCCGGGUUUCUUCCUUCCCACCUCAUGGCCAUCCCCAGGCUCCCCUUUCACACUUAGGAGACAAUGGGCCUGGGCCUCACAGCAGGGGAUGCUCAGGCUCAGGUCCCUCCCCACCCCCAGAGAGCCCCUCAGCCCCUGUGAACGUCACUGUCAGGCACCUCAAGGCCAACUCUGCAGUGGUGAGCUGGGACGUCCUGGAGGACGAGGUUGUCAUCGGAUUCGCCAUCUCUCAGCAGAAGAAGGACGUGCGGAUGCUGCGCUUCAUCCAGGAGGUGAACACCACCACCCGCUCGUGCGCGCUCUGGGACCUGGAGGAGGACACCGAGUACAUUGUACACGUGCAGGCCAUCUCCAUUCAGGGCCAGAGCCCGGCCAGCGAGCCCGUGCUCUUCAAGACGCCGCGUGAGGCCGAGAAGAUGGCCUCCAAGAACAAAGAUGAGGUGACCAUGAAGGAGAUGGGGAGGAACCAACAGCUGCGGACAGGCGAGGUGCUGAUCAUUGUCGUGGUCCUGUUCAUGUGGGCCGGUGUCAUUGCCCUCUUCUGCCGCCAAUAUGAUAUCAUCAAGGACAAUGAACCCAAUAAUAGCAAAGAAAAAACCAAGAGUGCGUCAGAAACCAGCACACCGGAGCACCAAGGCGGGGGUCUUCUCCGCAGCAAGGGAGGCUGUGGGGCUGCCUGCCGGGCAGCGUCCUGGCUGCCAUCAAGCCUUUGCUGGAUCCAGCCAUCAAGGAAGGACUUGUUUGGGGUGCGAUGCACAACUUUGCAAGUGUAUAAGAUGAUAUCUGUUCUGUCUUUUGGAAAACACAAUCGAAGGGCUUUACUCCAGAGGGCAGAAGGAUUUCCUGAGCUGGUUGCCUGCAUCCUUGAUCUUCUCUGGCCCAUGUUUUGACUGUAAGAUCAUUGGUCUGGGGUCUGAAGAAGACAAAGUGGGAAAGAGACCUGGAAGGUACUGGCUCCGUUUUUAGGAAAAGUCUCUUGGAGUUGCCACAAUGCUGGCUUGCACAACUGAACAGGUAUGUCCACAUGGGACACCUAGGGGCUGCUAAAUCACCCCUCUGGGGUGGAAGCUGCUGGAAGGCAGGCCUGAGCCAUUCACUGCGGACAGUCAGAGUGGGCCUGGCCUCUGGGGUCUCCAUGUCUUGCCAUCUCAUCCGGGGGUUCUGUGAAAGCUCGCCAGGGGCCUCAUGUCCUCCCCUAGAGCCUGAGUGGUGUGAGGUGACAGGUCUCUCUCCACUGCCUCUUUCUGGUUUAAAACACAAAUGGUGCUUGCUAAGCGAAGGCAGACCCUUCCCUCGGACUGACAAGUUGUGACUGCUGAACGCCUACGUGGGAAGAGACGGACCUCUGCGUCCCCAUUGGUGACUGAGAUGAGAGUGUGGGCAGACGGCGCCUGGCACAAGCCUGGCACAUAGUAGGCGCCCACUGAGUACCAGUUGAACUGAAGGAUAAGAGCAAUGGCCCCCAGCCGGAGAGCUGAAAGCCAUGACCCAGCGACCGCCCCUUCCUUCCGGUCUCUAAGCGCUCUCGCGGCUGGGUCAACCACCACUCUGCGUUGCCCGAGUGUGGAGCACAAGGAAGGAGGAGAGACAGGGUAAAAGGCAGAUGUCAGCGACACUAAGGGCUUCCUCAUGGGAGGGCAUGAGGCUCCACUCAUUGUCUUGUGACUUCCAUCCCUGCUGAAUGGGGCUGCAAGGCCAAGGCUCCUUAGGGGAGAGGUCCUUACCUCCGAUCCAGUUAGAGCAAUAACCACUUUUUAAAUGUAAAAUAAAAAGACAAAUGAAAAGGCA